CUCACGUGUUUCUGUGUUUUUCUCUGUCUAGAUCCUUCGAGUUCUUUGCGAACUCUCCACGUUCUACCGCUUCCAUUCACCUACAUGUUUCGAUUCUCCACUGACCCAUGAAUUUCGCACUGUUCUAAUCCGCUAAAUUUCAUCAUCUUCUUCUUCAGUUUCGAUUUUCAGUUUUCGCCAUCAUCAUGUACAGAAGAGCAAAGAUUGCUUUCGAUGGUUUUCGAAGCUUGACUUUCAGGGUUGCUCCUCAAAAUCCAUCUUUUCGAUGUAACUCGAGGAUUUGGCCAUCUGGGUAUUCGAAUUCAUGCUCAAAAGGAGCUAGCUCUAAUGGGUUCUCUUCGUUUUCUUCAAUUUCUCAGAGAUUAAGCACAAGAGGUGUUGGUGUUAAUGGGGUUAAUGGGGUUAACAGGAACUUUAACAAUCUGUUUCUUUCUGGGGGUAGGAGAUUUUACUAUGUGGAUCCUUACAAUGUGAAGCAUUUCAAGCCAAGAGGGCCAAGGCGAUGGUUUCAGAAUCCUAGACAUGUUUUCAUUGUUGUGGUGGUUGGUUCAGGUGUUUUCAUCACUUUGUAUUUUGGGAAUAGGGAAACAGUUCCUUACACGAACCGAACUCAUUGGAUUCUGAUGUCUAGACCCAUGGAGAGGAGGCUAGGGGAGUCUGAGUUUGAGAAGAUGAAGGCAGGUUUUAAGGGGAAGAUGUUGCCUCCUAUACACCCGGAAAGUGUGAGGGUGAUGAUGAUAGCUCAGGAUAUCAUUGGUGCAUUGCAGAGAGGGUUGAGGAAGGAGAAUGUGUGGAGUGAUUUGGAGUAUGCAUCACAGAAUACCAUGUUGGGUGAAGAAAGUGGGAGGGAGGCAUUGCAUGUGCUGGCUGAAAAUGAAGGGAAGAUUGAAGGGAAGUGGCAUAGGGAGGAUGAGAUUCUUGAUGAGAAGUGGGUUCAGCAGAGUAGGAAAAAAGGUAAGGAACAAGGGAAAGAGCCUAACACUGCUCAUUUGGAUGGUUUGAAUUGGGAGGUUUUGGUUGUGAAUGAGCCUCUUGUUAAUGCCUUCUGCUUGCCUGGUGGGAAGAUAGUUGUAUUUACUGGUUUGCUUGAGCAUUUUAGAAGUGAUGCAGAGAUAGCAACUAUUAUUGGACAUGAGGUUGGACAUGCUGUGGCUCGACACAGUGCUGAGGGGAUUACAAAGAAUCUGUGGUUUUUUAUUCUGCAGUUGAUUCUUUAUCAAAUUGGCGUUAUGCCUGAUCUUGUCAACACAAUGUCAUCGCUUUUAUUACGGCUACCUUUCUCGAGACGGAUGGAAAUGGAAGCCGACUACAUUGGGCUACUGUUAAUUGCAUCAGCUGGCUAUGAUCCCCGGGUGGCACCUAAAGUCUAUGAGAAAUUGGGAAGAGUCACUGGCGAUUCUACGCUUGGAAAUUAUAUCUCUACUCAUCCAUCUGGAAAAAAGAGAGCAGAAUUGCUGGCACAAGCUAAGAUAAUGGAAGAAGCACUUACUAUAUAUAAGAAUGUUAGGUCAGGACGUGGGGUUGAAGGAUUUCUUUAGGACUUCAGUCUCACCACUCUACAAAAUACAAAGCGACUGUUCUUGAACUUGUCUAGGAUGUUUUUUUCUUUUUCAAUUUAAUUUUGUCAAUAUUUUGGAUGGAACUUCCUAUAUUUGUGUUCAACUGUUCAUUAUGUGGAUUAGCAUCUAUUAAAGUGACAAUGCCCUCUCCACACUUCUCUGAAUCCAAAGAUUCUGUUGUACAUUAUGCUUUUGUACAGUUAAUACUCUCACCUCUUUAGAGGACAUAAUAAUAAACUAAUAAGAAGUAAAAUGUAA